UCUCUAAUAGCCUCCUCCUCUGUUCUUCGUCUGAAUACUAAUUGCAUAAACUUGUGAUUUUUUUUUUUUAAUUCAAAUUUAUUUGCGAUUUAAAAUGAAAUCUUGUUUCUUGAUUUCUUUUUUCCCCCAACAAAUUAAAAUCAAAGCAUGUUUUCGGAUUUUGCACGGUUAUGUGAAGAGAGUUAUUUUGGUUCUCUGUUGCGGGUAUAUAUAUUCAAGAUACUCGACGGUUAUUCAUCUUCUUCAUCAUCUUCAUCAUUAUCACGCAAAACUCUAAGCUUCUGCGAUUUCACACUUCUCCUCCUCUCAUGGCGUUAGAGUUUCGACCUGUGGGAGUUGCAUUCGUUGCUCUUUAUCAGUGAGGCAUGUGAAGCCUUAGACAUUAAGCCAUGCACGGCCAUGAUCCUGCUACCCCGAUACCAAUGGAAAUUAACUGCUUUGGUUGCUGACUACAAUUCCUUGAUGAGGCUCCAACCUUUACUUAUGCAGUGUCCUGAAGUAAUGACACCAAACGUUGUGAAUGAAGAAUGGCUAUGUGACUGCUGCACGUUGCUCCUUCCUUGUUCCCUCUUUGACUGUGGACACCAUGUUUGCUAUCCUUGCAUUUUGGGUACGGCUUUCGAACAACUGAGAGCGAGCAAUGUCAUAAUCUGUCCUGUUCCUGGUUGUAACUGUUUCAUCAACUAUUCGAGUUUACCUACUCCUAUUAAGAAUAUGUACCUGAGUUCAUUGCUUAUAGACUUCGUGGAUAACACUGUUGAUAGGAGAUCCCGUUUUGCAUAUUGUGUUGAUAUGGCUAGGAGCCAUAAGAAGGAAGUGAUUUCAUGCGUUGCUACAGUAGCUCUCUUUGGAUUUUGCUUCUACAAAGUUCAGCAUUGGGAAGAGGAGCAUCCAUGGAAGGCAUGGCUUCUUCGCUAUGGCCUUUCAAAACUAUGGUGAAUAUGAGCGAUCUGGUAUUCAAAGUCGCAACAUCAAGAUACUCAGUUGCAGAAACUUCUACGGAUACUGUAAUACUUUAGGAAAUGGUUUUAUUAAUGAUCACUGUUCUGUAAUAACACUCUAGGAGUGAUUAGUAAUGUUACUGUUUGGAUCCUCAUUUGGUUUUAGCUUUCAUCUCUAUGAAUAUUGUAAUACUUCAAGAGUUUGUUUGCAAUUGGUGUUAUUAGAUUUGCAUUUGAAAUUAGUAUCUUGUGAGAUCAAAAAAGGUCGCAGUCUUAUAUAGCAAGUACUGGACACAUAGAAGUUUGGAAUGUUAGGUUGGAGUAGUAGUCGAAAAUGGUUAAAAAUACUCGGAUUCCUUUAGGAAAUGCUGGUGGUUUUAAUGUAAACUUUAACAGAUGAGAUGUGUCCGUUGACUAAGAUGUAGUCGAGUUGAGUAUUGUGAGGAGCCUUCCCCGCAUAAUUAUGUAUGUUGAUUGAUCUAUGUUUAGUACA